AUGGCAUCAGGCAGUGGGACCAAGAACCUGGACUUCUGCCGGAAGUGGGACAAGGAUGAAUACAAGAAACUGGCAGAGAAGCGGCUCACAGAGGAGAGAGAAAAGAAAGAUGGCAAACCAGCUCAGCCUGUCAAAAGGGAUCUUCUGCGGCACCGAGACUACAAAGUGGACCUGAAAUCCAAGCUGGGGAAAACCAUUGUCAUCACCAAAACUACCCCUCAGUCAGGGAUGGGAGGGUAUUACUGUAAUGUAUGUGACUGUGUGGUGAAAGAUUCCAUUAACUUCUUGGAUCACAUUAAUGGCAAAAAACAUCAGAGGAAUCUGGGCAUGUCCAUGCGGGUGGAGCAUUCCACACUGGACCAGGUGAAGAAAUGCUUUGAGGAGAACAAGAAGAUGGCAGAGAAGCAGAAGGACUAUGACCUUGAGGAGAGGAUGAAGGAACUCUGUGAGGAGGAAGAGAAGGCCAAAGCCUACAAGAAGGAGAAGCAGAGAGAGAAGAAGCAGCAUGCAGAGGAAGAUUUGACCUUUGAAGAGGAUGAUAAAAUUGCAGCUGUGAUGGGUUUCUCUGGUUUCGGCUCAACCAAAAAGAACCACUGA